UGCUCUGCCUGUGGUAUGCGCCUGUGUUACGAAAGCAGAAGACGUCAGGUGACUGACCUAGCAAAUCAGUGGCCGUGGCCUUCAGAACAUCAAGUCACCACCGAGGCUGCUGAUUGGCUGCAGCAGUCAUGUGACAUCUGCUGCUCCUGUGACACCGGAGCUGACCGAAGUCACCCGCUGCUGAACACUGGAGCGCCAACUGAAGACAUCAGAUGCAGAAUGGGAGAUCAGCAUAAGAAUGGAGGCAGGAGGCCUGCUGAUCCUCUCAUCACCAAUGUACACGACUCUACCAGCAGAAUAGUUGCAAACAUCUCUGAAAUCAUGACUGACAUGGCUGACAACCACAAGGAGGCCUGGGAGGCCCUUAUCAGUGCUGCCGAAAAAUAUCGCAGAAAGACUGGAAAUGACAUUGUGAUGAUCACGGCGUACAAGUCCAAGGUGCUCAACAACUACUCGUACACCGCUCAUGGUAGUGGGGUGCUCCUGGAGGCCACCCAAAGAUAUAUUGAUGACAUUACUGUAGUGCAUAAAACCACUGCCUAUACCAGCCCUAUGCCAAUCAACAAGGCUACCAAAGAGACUGCUGGGGCACGACAGAACUCUUACUCCAAGAGCUACCCUUCCAUAUACGGCAAAGAAGGCUUUUCUAUGCUUGAGGACAAUGAAAGGGCGAAGAUGGGGCCUCAGGGUCAGGUGCCCGACCCACUCCCACAUAUCGAUGCUCCUGAGGAAGAGGACUAUGACUACAAGGAAAGCCAAUUGCAUAAGGCUGACACCGUUCCUAGUGACUCAACAGGACUGUUUGUAAUGGACGAAGACUCAAAUGGCCAAGACUGUGAACCUUUCUUUGAAUCUGACCAGGAAGAGAGUACAGAUGAUGGCAGCCUGACUGAAGAUGCCCCAGGACAGCCUUUUCCCCAGCGCAACCUCCAGCAGUACGCAAAGUCUCUCCCGGUCACUGUACCCGUGUGGGGCUUCAAGGAGAAAAGACAGAGCAAUAAAUCGCCGGAUGACGAAGGUGGCAAGUUUCCUUCCCCAGACUUGGACAGAAUCGCUGCUAGCAUGAGAGCCCUGGCUCAUGACACCUCACAACCGUUUGGCGACCUUCCUCGUCCAAGACUGAACACCGGCGACUUCCAUACAAAGUACAGGAAGUAUUAACAAGUGGCUUCACGUGACCACCAGCCUGAACACUAAGGACUCUUCUGUCACGAUACAACUCAGCAGAUGAAGCUCCAUAUAGUACAACUGCCCAUGCAUUAGGGGGCUGACUGGAUCACUGCCUAAUGUGGGAAACUGAAUUUUAAUACAUUCUUUUAAUUUUUUUUUUUCUUUCAUGCCCAAAGUGGUCAAGUUUUCUUGAAGGAGUUUCCUUUCAAUUUGAAGCAAACAAAAUUUUAGCCAUUUUUGUUUUUUUUAUCAUACCUCAAUAAAGAGGAAUACAAUGAGACAUGCUGG